CAUGCCACUUUCUUCUCACUCCAAUACAAACAACACAUCACCAAAGAAUAAAACCCUACUUCGAUAUUUAAGACGACUACCAUCUUCAACAUGGGUCUAACGUCACUUGAAGGCACCAUAAAAGAAAAUGCAAAUAACUGCACCAACGCUCACUUCAUGUUGAUUGAGGGAAUGUCUAAGCUAUUGACUCGAAAAGUUAAGAGGUGUGGGUCAUUGGAUUUCCAUGUUUCUGGUCUCAAAUGGAAGUUUGUUAUCCGCUCAGAUGUUGUCAAGGACUACAUAUCUUUUUUUCUGGACAUCACGGAUGAAAAGUGUACAGGUUCUAAUUGGCAAGUUAACUGCAGUGUGAAACUCAGCGUAGUCUCUCAGACUGGACCACCUGAUAUAUGCAAAGUGUUUGUUAUGUGUUUCGACGAAAAACAUCCUUCAUGGGGGCAAGACAUAUUCAUCACGGACGAGGUGCUGGAGGAGAAGUAUCUUCUGAACGACAAAGCGGUUUUCAGUGCCGAGAUCACCAACGUCAAACCAAAUUUCCUCAAAUUUACCAGUAUCUCUCGAACCCUGGGGACAGCGGAAAGCCUCAAACUGAUGGAUGUGGCUCGGAAGAACUCUAGAUUCACCUGGAAGAUCACUCGGUUUUCCUCCUUCGAUGGUGUAACUCAUUCGUCGUACGAGUUUACCCUUGGACCACGGACAUGGAAACUAGAAAUGUACCCAAAAGGAGACAAAGGUGGCGAAGGACAUCUGUCUUUUUAUUUGACUGCGACCGAUUACGUGACUAAUCUUCCAAAGGGACCAACAUUGGCCGUCUAUAAACUGCGACUCUUGGACCAACUAAAACGCAAUCACAAGGAACCUGAAUACCAAGCUUUGUUUGCGCCGGGUGCUAAUUGUUGGGGCUGUAGCAAGUAUAUCCCGCUGACAGAACUCCACAACACUUCAAACGGAUAUCUGGUAAACGACCAGAUAUAUUUAAGUGUUGAGUUCUUAAUUGUCUCCACUACUGAGUAUCUCUGAUGCAUAUUAAUGGACUCGAUCGAUCAAUAUCACCCAAGAAUAAUUACCUGAGGAACUUAUCUACAUGUCCUAUAUUUGUGUGUGUGUAUAUAUAUAUAUAUAUAUAUAAUAUAUAUAUAUAUUGUGAUGUGUGUUUAAAUAAAAAUAAAAUAAAAAGUGACAGAUCAAAUCGGUUAAUUGUAUUGUAUGUCUCGGACUUAUAUUAACAUUCAACCGAGUCCGUUGCUAGUCGCAUACCUAAUGGAGAAAGCUGUUUGUGGUACAUGUGGGUGCCUUUUUUGUUUGUAAUAACAAGUCAUGUGUAUGUUUGUGUGCAUGGUAUAUGUGUGGCUGCUCAUAUUCAUACUAUAUAAAACAAGUAAUGCUACAAUUAAUGUGAAAGUUAAACAUAUAUAUUAUUGGAAAA